AUGGUACCAUGGAUAGUACCAAUUUGUCAAAUAAAAUUAAAAAAUAUUAUAAAGGUUGUUCAAUCAACUGGCCUUACUGCUGUAUCAACAAUUUGUGACCAAAGUCCAACUAAUGUUAAUGCGAUUAAUAAACUAUAUAAAGAAACCAAUGAAAAAUAUAAUAAAGAAGAUAAAGAAAACAGAGCAUUUGGCUUUGAAAUUGAAACUCAAAAUACCUUCAUUUCUUUUGAAUCUAGUUCUUUGAGCUCCUUAGUGUACCAUGACGGAAAAGUGGAAGGGCGAAAAGAGAUUUUAGGAACAAAAGAUAAAAUUGAAUAA